AUGGCAGACAUGGUUGUUCUACGAAAAACUAAACAUUAUAAGGAGCAUAGGGAAACCAACAUAGGUGACUAUAAAACCUUGUACAGAUUUUCUGCAGAAAAUGUUACUUGGUUAGCAGAUUACUUUUUAAAUGAUUGUACUGAAACCAGGGGAGGUGCUUUGUCGCCAAAAAUGAAAAUGAAAAUUUUUUUGAGGUGUUUAGCCAAUCCCGGUUUUCAGUCAGGAAUAGCAGAAGAAUUAGGCGUUCAUCAGUCGACAGUAUCAAAAGCUUUAGAAGACUGGCAAAAUGUCAAUCACUUUCCGGGGGUCAUUGGGGUCAUUGAUUGUACCCAUAUUAGAAUUGAAAAACCAGGUCGUCAUGGGGAUGAAUAUAUCAAUAGAAAAGGAUGGCCCAGUAUCAAUGUACAAGCGACUUGCAACGCCCAAGAAAUGUUUACAAGUGUUGAUGCCAGUUGGCCAGGUUCGGUGCAUGAUACUAGAGUAUGGAAAAACUCCACAAUUCGGGAAGUUGUGCAAAAGUUUCCGAAUGCUAGCUUAUUGGGGGAUCAGGGAUAUGGCUUGGAACUGUCACUAUUGACACCAUAUAGAAACACAGAUACCGAAGCAAAAUUACACUAUAAUCGGCUGUUGAAACGAGAACGUUGCAUUAUUGAACGCUGUUUUGGCCAAGUGAAACGACGAUUUCCUAUACUGAAAUAUAUAUGCAGAUUAAAACUUAGGAGAAUAUCACGUAUUAUUAUUUGUUGUUUCAUCAUGCACAACAUAGCAAAGCAUCUUAAAGAUGAAGAGUUUCCUGAAGAAGAAGAUGAAGACGACACUGAUGAAAAUGAUGAAGACGACAAUCAAAAUCAACAUAUCCCUGACAACGAGAUGUUGCAACGUGCACGUGUAAAACGAGAUGAAAUUGCUGAUAUAAUUGUUCGACGUCACCUUUAUUAG